AUCUGGACUGCCCUAUAUAACUUAGAGACGCUUGAUGGCGAUGUGGAUCUUUUGGAAUAACGUCAUCUGUGGUUGUGUUUCGCUCACAGUCGAAGAAAAAUUCGAGGUCCCUGAUUGGCUGAAAGGCAGAAGCGCAGAAACAGACAGUGCUCAUGCAGUACAUCGGUUUUGUUUAUACUGUAUGUGACAUGAAAGAGUAAACUUAAUUAUUUUUGUACAAUGUCCGAAUUGAAUGAUUAUUUAGAAGGUAAGAUUACUUUCGAGGAUUUUGAAAGGCGGAGAGAGGAAAGAAAAGCAAAGGAUAAGGAGGAGAAGAGAGAUGUGUCAGAUGAUGAUGGAUCUGCUGAUCAGGAGGAAGACGCAGUUCCGUCCACUUCAAAACGAAGCGCUGGAGGAACACGGAAACGCCAAACAGAGACGACAGAAGAGGGAGUCAGUCCAUCUGUUCAGAAAGCUUUUGCGUCCAUGAUCGGAGAGGGACUGGAGGAGUGUGUGGAGGAGGGUGAAAAUGAUGAAGAUGGAAAGAUGGAUUGGAGAGACACUGGAGAGGAGGAUGGAGAUAAUGACGACGACAACGAUGAUGAUGAUGAUGAAGAAGAAGAGGACAAUGACAGAAAUGAAGUCACACCCGGAGAUGUGUUCGCCCUUGAAAUGGAGCUGAACCGUGAGAACAAGAAAAUUAUGAAGGAGAGGCAUCACCGCAGUAAGUUGCCACGGGCUCUCAGAGGACUCAUGGGAGAGGCUAACAUCCGCUACGCUAGAGGAGAAAAGGAGGAUGCCAUCCUGAUGUGCAUGGAGAUCAUUCGCCAAGCUCCUGUGGCAUACGAGCCAUUCUCCACGCUGGCUAUGAUCUAUGAGGAUAAGGGGGAUAUGGAGAAAGCGCUGCAGUUCGGACUGAUCGCUGCUCAUCUGAACCCCAGUGACUGGGAGGAGUGGGUCAAACUGGCAGACAUGUCCCUGGAGCAGGACAACAUCAAACAAGCCAUCAUCUGCUACACUAAAGCGAUUAAAUAUGACCCCAGUAAUGUUCAGUACCUGUGGGAGCGCUCGAGCCUUUAUGAGCAGGUCGGAGAGCACAAGCAGGCCAUGGAUGGGUAUCGCCGCAUCCUCAGCCUGCUGCCACCAUCCGAUGGAGAACAGUUCAUGCAGCUCUCACGAGACAUGGCGAAGAGUUGCUAUGAGAGCAGCGAGUUGCCGUCCGCUAUUGGGGUCAUGGUGGAAGCUCUGGAGAGACAUCCUGAACUGGUCUCACAUGAGUGUGUCAACAUGGCCGCUGAACUCUUCAUAGCCAACCACCAACAUGACAAAGCUCUAGAGGCACUGGUGAAGUUUUGUGGCAUCAUUCUGAAAAGACAGGAGAAGGAGGAGACAGAGACGCAGACGGGUGACCAGACGCCCGCACAAGAUACAGAAGGAGAAGAGAAGAAAAAAAGCUCUGAAGAGGAAAAAGGUAAAAUCUUAGAGGUGGUGAUUCCUGAUGAUGUUCCAGUCGACAUCAGAGUCAAGAUGAUGGUGUGUCUCAUCCACCAGCACGUCAUCAAACCUUUGGAUCCCAUGCUGACGUCUCUGAUGGAGCAGAGCCCGGAGGAGCUGGGCGAUUUGUAUUUGGACGUGGCCGAGGCUUUUAUGGAAGAGGGCGAAUAUAAAUCCGCCCUACCUUUGCUCUCCGCCCUCGUCUGCUCAGAGAGAUAUAACCUGGCAGUUGUUUGGCUCCGGCAUGCAGAGUGUCUAAAGGCGCUUGGUCAUUUGGAAGUUGCAGUAAAGAGCUACAGUAAGGUUGUUGAAAUGGCUCCACUGCAUCUAGACGCUCGUCUGGCCCUAUCCACCCUCCAGCAGCAGCUGGGACGACCCAACAUGGCCCUCGAGGCCCUGGAGCCCAUGUAUGAUGCCGAAACCCUCGCACAGGACUCUUCAGCUGCCCAGCAGGAACUGAAGCUGUUGCUGCAUCGCUCGACUCUUCUGCAUGCUCAAGGACGCACUGAUGAUUACAUUGAUACUGUAUUUACCAUGCUGUCCAUGCUACUUAAGGUGGCGAUGGUGAGGGCUCAGGUGUGUGUCAUCUCAGAUACGUCCUCUGGUGUCAAACAUCUGAAGCUUAUAAAAGUGUCACGCAGAAAACAGACAGAGAUUGUUGACCAGGAGGCAGCUUAUCUGGAUGUGACAGGUAAGACGAGUGUCCUGUCUCGAGACGACUGGUGGAAGCUGUUACUGCGCUGUUUGGCCAUUCUGUGUGAGGUGAAGCGCUUUGCUGAGGCCGAGUUAUUAGUGGACUCCACUUUAGAGUACUACUCUUUUUACGACGACCGCGUGAAGCGCAAAGAGCUAGAAUACCUCGGCCUGUCCGCCGCCUUCCUCGACCGCAACUUCCGCAAAGCUUAUGACUAUAUAAGGUUGAUGUUAAUGGACAAUGUGGACCGGACUCAGCUGUGGAACGUGUUUAAUCAGGUUACCCUGCACUCUCAGGAUGCCAGACAUCAUCGUUUCUGUCUGCGUCUUAUGCUCAAACACCCUGAUAACCUUGCGCUCUACCUUCUCAAUGGACACACCUCGCUGGUUUCUGGGACUUUCAAACAUGCACUCGGUCAGUACAUGCAAGCGUUCAGAAACCAGCCUGAUCAUCCUCUUCAUAGUUUGGUUGUCGGUCUCACAUUCUUCCAUAUGGCCUGUCAGAGGUUUGUCAUGAAAAGGCAUCCACUCAUUGUGCAGGGUUUCUCAUUCCUGUGGCACUAUGUGGAUCUCAGAGGUCAUUGUCAAGAGUCUCUGUAUAAUAUUGGUCGGGCUUUACACCAGCUUGGACUCAGUCAUUUAGCCAUUCACUACUAUGAGAAAGCCCUCACCCUCCCCCCACUCAAACUGGAGGGGAUUGAUGAUGAUCAAGUGGACUUGAGAAGAGAAAUUGCCUACAACCUAUCUCUUAUUUACCAAUCGAGUGGUAAUAAGGAAAUGGCCCGCCAUGUCAUCUAUACUUACUGUACUGUCUGACUCAAUGAGCGGAUGCACA